GACGAGCCACCGGCGAAUUCCCCGCUGUCGCUAUCUUUGUUACGCAACACGUAAUGACAUCACGAGGCCUGCCUUGGAAAGCGGAAGUGGAGUCACAAACAACACUCGGGAGCAGGAGAUUCGAGCUUCAUAAAACUCGCUCCAACACACCACUUGUACUUCGAGGACGUUUACCAGUGGCGCCGUUGUUCGCGUCUGAUCGUCAGAAUGUCGUUUUUGGCCAAGUUACUGGGCAGCUCCGGGAAGAGUGGCAAAUCGCCGACACCCCAAGAGGCGAUCCAGAAACUCCGAGAGACCGAGGAGAUGAUGAUCAAGAAGCAGGAGUUCCUGGAGAAAAAGAUCGACGAGGAGCUCGCCUUGGCCAAGAAACAUGGCACGAAAAACAAGAGAGCUGCCCUGCUGGCCUUGAAGCGGAAAAAGCGCUACAUGAAGCAGCUGGAUCAGAUCGAUGGGACGUUGUCCACGAUAGAGUUGCAGAGGGAGAUGCUGGAGAACGCCACGUCCAACACAGAGGUGCUGAAGAAUAUGAACUACGCGUCCAAGGCAAUCAAGGCUGCACACAAAGACAUGGACGUCGACAAGGUGCAUGACCUGCUAGAUGAAAUCGCGGAACAAAACGAAAUUGCGCAGGAAAUCACAGACGCCAUCUCCAUACCACGGGGCAUGGCCGACGACUUCGACGAGGACGAACUCCUCUCUGAGUUAGAGGAGCUGGAGCAGGAGGAGAUGGACAAGAAGCUUCUGGAAGUGGAAGGGACUGAGGACGUAUCGCUCCCCAGCGUGCCUCCUUCAUCACUACCAACUAUACCAACCAAGAAGAAGGAAGAGGAGGAUCUGGAUGGCAUGGAGGAACUCGCCUCCUGGGCAACCAGCUAAGAUAGCAGCGGCUAGCAGGUGUCCUUCUCCCGUCUGUCUCUGCUACAUCGUGACUGACCGGGACUCUGAGCUGCUGAGCUUGUUAAUGCUCUGACUCAAAGCCCGAAUAAUCCUACUCCGACGCGCAAGUCCGCACCACAAGCGCCUGCUUUAAUGAAUACAAAAAAAUGUGUUGCAUUCGUGCGCACUUUGCGCGUCGGACGUUUGGAUUAGUUGAAAGAUUCUAGCGGGGAAGGAUGGCGCAAUGACAUCACAUGACCAAUUUCUGCUUCUUGCAUUGUAACCUCUGAUGUGCGACGAUGGCGACCGAUCCUCUGCCUUCUUUUCUAAGUCUCGACAGCGAGAAAAGGAAAGCCUGCUGGUUCAGAACGUAUGAUUUCCUCACUGAAGUGCCACAGCUGACGCCGAACGUGUCCCAUGCGCCACUUCUCAUCCAUCUUGCACUUCUAAAAAUCCAAAACCUGUCAUCCAUCCCUGGCUCCGACCGUUUCUAUAGCAACACGAUCCUAAUUCAACCUGACAAGAGUUCAUUUGAAUUAAAUUUGUAACUGCAUCAUACCAGGACUAUUAUUUGGAGUCUUUCAAAGUUGUCUGUGUAGAACCUCGUCCCUAAAAAUAACUACUAGUUCGGGUCGGUUCUCUGCGCUUAGGCGUUUCAAACUAAUGCAAUCUCUGCUUCUGUGUUUUACGCCCUGCUGAAGUUGUUUUGCAAAAGCCUGUGCUGGAUUUAGAGUCAUCUUCCCUCCCAGCCAAAAAAGCUCCUCCAUCUUGGAUUCAAAAGUAGCACCUCCAAAGUUAAUGCGUUUAAGAGUUUCAUCAAGACUUAGUUGAGCUUCUUAUAUCAGUUUGUGAAACUAGUUUGAAUUUGAUCAUGUAGUGAAUGAGUUUAGGUUGUGGUCACAUGACUUCAUCGUUGGUUCCCCUCCGACCACUUCUGGCCUCAGCAGUGAGGGAAUCGUACCUUCUGGAGUUUGUGUGCGCGUGUGCAUGGUUUUUACUUUUAUCCGGACUUGGUGACGUUCUUUGUAGAAGAAAUCUCUGGAAUCACAUCUCAUAUCAACAGUUGAACAUGUGGGGACGGUGCCCACCACUUGGCUUCACUAACUCAAGACACAUUUAUGCAUGAAGGCAUCGCCACCCAACCAGAAGCAUGCAGGAAGUCAUUUUCUGAGGAGCUUCCUGCCUCAGCGUGUCCACCGCCGUCCUGGUGUACAGUAUAAAUAAAGUCUAUUUUCUUUCUCUUCCCGUUGACUUGAGUAUCUCCUGCGUUUUCUCUGUGGUUGAAAACGCUACUUCUGUAUAGAAUCCAUGUUCUUAUUGAUGGGUCAUUUAGGUUCUGAAUAAAGUUGGGAUUUAA